AGAGACUCAGAACCGAGGCGAUGGAUGUUCUGAUGCCCACGAUGCUGGACGACGACCCGCACCUCCUGGCCGAGCCGGCGGUGCAGAUCUUCGAGCAGCCCAAGCAGCGCGGGAUGCGCUUCAGGUACAAGUGUGAGGGCCGAUCUGCCGGCAGCAUCCCGGGAGAGAAGAGCUCCGACAACAACAGGACGUAUCCCAGCCUGCAGAUCCUGAACUACUGCGGGAAGGGGAAGGUGCGCGUUUACCUGGUGACCAAGAACGAGCCGUACCGGCCUCAUCCCCACGACCUGGUGGGGAAGGACUGCAAGGACGGGUUCUACGAGGCCGAGUUCGGGCCGGACCGCCGGGUCAUCGCUUUCCAGAACCUGGGCAUCCAGUGCGUGAGGAGGAGGGAGGUGAAAGACGCCAUCGUUCAGAGGAUAAACAGAGGGAUCAACCCCUUCAACGUGCCCCGGGAGCAGCUGCUGCAGACGGAGGAGUACGACCUGAACGUGGUCCGGCUCUGCAUCCAAGUCUUCCUGCAGGACGAGAGCGGCCACUACAGCCGAGGCCUGAACCCCAUCGUCACCAACCCCAUCUACGACAACCGAGCCCCGAACACGGCCGAGCUGAGGAUCUGCCGGGUCAACAGGAACAGCGGAGCCGUUAAAGGCGGAGAUGAGAUCUUCCUGCUCUGCGACAAAGUCCAGAAAGACGACAUUGAGGUGCGUUUCUUCUCGUCCGACGGCUGGGAGGCCCGCGGCUCCUUCUCGCAGGCGGACGUCCACCGCCAGGUGGCCAUCGUCUUCAAGACGCCGCCGUACUACAACGCCUCGGUGGCCGAGUCCGUCACCGUCAGCAUGCAGCUGCGCCGGCCGUCCGACCAGGAGGUCAGCGAAGCCAUGGACUUCCGGUACCUGCCCGACGACAAAGAUCCAUACGGCUACAACGAGAAGAAGCGCAAGUACCUGAUGAAGAUGUCGGGACUGGCAGGGGGUCAGUUCUCCGGUCUGGGGAUGAGCCGGCCCAAGGCCGUGCCGCAGAGCAGCCUCACGCACAUGCACCGCAAAGACCCGGCUAACCUGUACCUGAGGCAGCAGGUCCAGCAGGCGUCUGCGAUGGCGGCGCCGGUGGCGCCGAUGUUCGGCCAGACCUACCAGCCGGGUCACCAGCCGGGUCACCAGCCGGGUCACCAGGGGGUCAUGAUGACAUCACAGGCCCAGAACCUCCCAAUGGGCGGGUCGUGGGUGAACCCCAACCCGGCGCUGUCCAUGGACACGGUCACCAUGGGGGGCCCGCUGGGGGGCCCGCUGGGGGGCCCCAUGGGGGGCCGCCUGGGCGGCGCCAGGCCGGCCCACGGGCCCGGAUACCCCCGGCGGGCCGAGCAGCAGCACCACCCCGACAGCAACCCGCUGCCCCAGCUGUCCAUCCGGGACCUGCAGUGCCUGGACCCGGCCCCCGGGGGGGCCCUGCUGGGCCCCGCCGAGCCCCAGAACCUCCACAACCUCCACAACCUCCACAACCAGGCCCUGUUCCACCAGCGGGACGAGCUGGGCCCCGAGCCGCCGGCCCAGAACCGGAACCAGGGCAUGCAGGCCAUGUGGUCCAGCUUCAGCAGCCAGAACAACUUCAACGGGUCGGUGCCGGCGGGGCCGGCGGGCCCGGCCAGCGGCGGCUCCUUCCCCUUCCUGGAGGGCAUGGAGGAGGACGACUUCCUGAAGAGCCUGGUCGGGGCGGCGGCCCAGCCGGGCUUCACGCUCAAGCAGGAGCCCCAGGUCCAACCGGAGAGCCAGGGCAACACCUACACCAACUUGCUGCCCCGGCCCAUGAGCAACGGCACCAAACCCGGCACCGUCUCCCUGCAGAACACCUUCCCCAACAACGGCCUCGGCCCCGACGGACACUUCCAAACGCUGGCCGACUGGGUCAAAGCCUCCCGGCAGAACGACUAAAAAAAGGGAUUUUUCUUUGUUUUUUGGUGUCGAGAUGUUUUUACCGGAGGCAGCUUUGGAUCACGGCGGCGUCGCUCGGCCCGCCGGGACAGAACCUUGACUUUGGUGGGGGGAAACGGGCCGAAGCCGCCGCCGGUUCCGGCUGGAUCCCGUAACCAGACCAGGCGGUGCCGGUCACGACUGUAUCUGUAACAUCCGUCUGGUCUCAUUCGGGCCCGGCAAGCGUUUGCUUUUCUGUUUUUUUUGCUUUGUUGCGAAUGUUUUAAGAGGUACUUACAUCCGGUUGGUGGUUUGGAAGGUACUCGAUGGACCGAGCUCAGAUACUGGGCUGCUUCUGCAGAACCCAAACCUUCAGGCCCGAUCCAACCCCCAGCGAGAGUUACUGUAAAUAUUUGAGGAAGUGAAUGUACUGUUUUCUUUUCUCGUUGUACUGAUGUCUCUCUUCAUGUACGGAAGAGUAUUAGGGCCAUGCAGGAGAACAAAUAUUUGAGAGGGGAAGUUUUUUUUUAUUGUGCA